UUUUACUGCUACUACCCUCGAAAGAAACCUGGGAACUACCAUGUUGCUUACCCUCAAAAUUAUAGAUUUAUCCUCGACCAACCAGACAAAUGUGAAAAACAAAAGCCUUUUGUGGUGGUUAUCGUUCCUGUGGCUCCGGAGAACUUCAAGGCACAUAAUGCCAUCAGGAUAACGUGGGGCAGCGAGGAGCUCGUCCGGGACAGAGUGGUGCUGGUUCUGUUUCUUCUGGGCUCGCAAAGUGGAAACAAAACACUCCAGGAACAACUCCAGAAUGAGAGCCAGCAGUACCAAGACCUUCUGCAGAGCAGCUUCCAGGAUUCCUACAGGAAUCUGACCAUUAAAACCAUGGUGAUGAUGGAAUGGCUCAGCAGAAAGUGUCAACAGGCGUCCUAUGCGGUGAAAGUGGACAGUGACGUGUUGCUCAGCAUGAACAACCUAAUAAAAAUGCUUGUGAAUCUGAAAAAACUACAACAUAACUACAUUACCGGCCUAGUUUUGUCUGGAAACAGUGUCUUGAGAGAUCCAUCCAACAAGUUUUAUGUCCCUCACGAUGUGUAUCCUAAAUCCAGAUAUCCUCCAUAUCCUCUGGGAAUGUGUUAUAUCUUUUCUAUGGACUUGCCGGAGAAGAUCCUACAAAUAUCAAUGCAUAUCAGACCUUUUUUUAUUGAGGAUGCGUAUUUGGGCAUGUGCUUGAAGGGAUUGGGAAUUACCCCUAAGAAACUACCAAAUAUGGGGCAGUUUGUAGUCAGACCACCGCCACAAUUCAAUCGCUGUUACUAUUCUAAACUGAUAGCAAUACUUACAGAAAGCCUGACUCAGCUGAUUUCCUUUUGGAUGGAUAUCCACUCAUCCAGCAAACCUUGCUGAGAUGCAAAAUAUCUACAUAAAGGUUUAGUUUAAUUAAUUUUACAAAAGCUGUUUGUUUUACCUGAUAGCUGUGUGUGCACGCUUGUGACAAUUGUUUGAUACAUUUGCAUCCUGAAUGAUACACUAUUUCUAUGAAUUUGAAAUGUAAAACAAGGCUGUCUUUAAAACAUCUUAUCUCCAACAUCUAAUCUCCAACAUGCGUUUACACAACGUCUACUCUCGUGUCAACACAACACGUGUUGUGAUGUUCUCAUGAACAUGCAUUGGAGAUUAAUGUUUUGUAAAUAAAGUGGUAAAUUAUGUUUUUGCGCAAACAAAGCACUCGCGUCACUUCAUAAAAUUGAGGUUAAACCACUGGAGUCACAUUAAUGAUGUUUUUACUACCUUUCUGGGACUUGAAAGUGGUAGUUGCAUAAACUGUCAAUGGAGGGACAUUAAAAUGAUUUUCAAUUGACCCUUCGCCGGGAGUUUGAUUGACAAGCGAUCUAACCAAUCAUAACGCCGAAUCUGCCAUUUUGUCCGACAAAGCAGUCAGGAGUUAGAAGAUUAACCUCAGUGGACUUGAACUUGAAAAAUGGUGUGUGUAUUUAUGUCUUUCCGCGUUUUAAACAACAUUCCUUCUCAUGUUCAUUCAUGUUUAUUUGAUGCUAUAAAUUAACUAGUAGGAAGAGAUGAUUGGUUCACGAGCCGUUGAGCUGAGGCACUACAGCAAUCUGUCACGACACAUUAAAGAGCCACAAAACGGUUUUUAUUGUUCGAAUUUCUAAAAAAAAAAAAAAAAAUACACAAUUUGAAAGCUGGGACAUUGUUUAAUAUCAUUAACCAGCUCUGUCUUGUCUGUCGACGUGUUGUCAGUGUCCUCUUUGCUCCGUGAUGUAUUUUUCACUGCGUUUGGCGUGAGAGCGCCAUGGCUUGUCGGACAAAGCAACAGUAACUAAGGGGGGCGGGUCUUUGCGAAGGGUCAAUUGUGUUCCGAAGAUGAACGAAAGUCUUGUGGGUUUGAAACGACAUUAAGGUGAGUAAUUGAUGACAGACUUUUCAUUUUUGGGUGAACUAACUCUUCAACCUGGUUAAGCCUGAUAUAUGAAAUAAUAGUCAGAAAUGUAGCUAAUCAUUUGAAAUAGUACAGUUUAUUAAACCUUUAAACACACGCACACGUCUGGUUCACUAUCCUUGUAAGAACUCUCCAUAGACGUAAUGGUUUUUAUACUGUAAAAAAAACUGUAGCCUAUAUUCUAUCCCCUACCCCUGCCUCUAAACCUACCCAUCACAGAAAACUUUUGGCAUUAUUACAUUUUCAAAAAAAACAUCAUUUAGUAUGUUUAUUAAUCCAUUUCCCACAUGGGGACUGCUGGCUGGUCCCCACAAUGUAGGUGAUUUCCU